AUGGAGGGAAGCCCAUCUCUGAGGCGCAAGACAGUGAUGCGGGAGAAGGGCCGGCGCCAGGCCGUCCGGGGCCCCGCUUUCAUGUUCAAUGACCGGGGUACCAGCCUCACAGCUGAGGAAGAGCGCUUCCUCGACGCUGCCGAGUACGGCAACAUCCCCGUGGUGCGCAAGAUGCUAGAGGAGUCCAAGACGUUGAACGUCAACUGCGUGGACUACAUGGGCCAGAACGCGCUGCAGCUGGCCGUGGGCAACGAGCACCUGGAGGUGACAGAGCUGCUGCUCAAGAAGGAAAACCUGGCACGAAUCGGCGACGCCCUGCUGCUUGCCAUCAGCAAGGGCUACGUGCGCAUCGUGGAAGCUAUCCUCAACCACCCCGGCUUCGCAGCCAGCAAGCGCCUGACCCUGAGCCCCUGUGAGCAGGAGCUGCAGGACGACGACUUCUAUGCUUACGACGAGGACGGCACACGCUUCUCUCCCGACAUCACGCCCAUCAUCCUGGCGGCGCACUGCCAGAAGUACGAGGUGGUGCAUAUGCUACUGAUGAAGGGUGCCAGGAUCGAGCGGCCACACGACUAUUUUUGCAAGUGCGGAGAUUGCAUGGAGAAGCAGAGGCACGACUCUUUCAGCCACUCACGCUCGAGGAUCAAUGCCUACAAGGGGCUGGCCAGCCCAGCGUACCUGUCCUUGUCUAGCGAGGACCCAGUGCUCACCGCCUUGGAGCUCAGCAAUGAGUUGGCCAAGCUGGCCAACAUAGAGAAGGAGUUCAAGAAUGACUACCGGAAGCUCUCCAUGCAAUGUAAAGACUUUGUAGUGGGUGUGCUGGAUCUUUGCCGAGACUCAGAAGAGGUAGAAGCCAUUCUGAAUGGAGAUCUGGAAUCAGCAGAGCCCCUAGAGGUACACAGGCAUAAAGCUUCACUGAGUCGUGUCAAACUUGCUAUUAAGUAUGAAGUCAAAAAGUUUGUGGCUCACCCCAACUGCCAGCAGCAGCUCUUGACAAUCUGGUAUGAGAACCUCUCAGGCCUGCGGGAACAGACCAUAGCUAUCAAGUGUCUGGUUGUGCUGGUGGUGGCCUUGGGCCUUCCAUUUCUUGCCAUCGGCUACUGGAUUGCACCUUGCAGCAGGCUGGGGAAAAUUCUGCGAAGCCCUUUCAUGAAGUUUGUGGCACAUGCUGCUUCUUUCAUCAUCUUCCUGGGCCUGCUCGUGUUCAAUGCCUCAGACAGGUUCGAAGGCAUCACCACGCUGCCAAACAUCACUGUUAUUGACUAUCCCAAGCAGAUCUUCAGGGUGAAAACCACCCAGUUCACUUGGACUGAGAUGCUAAUUAUGGUCUGGGUUCUUGGAAUGAUGUGGUCUGAGUGUAAGGAGCUCUGGCUGGAAGGACCUAGAGAAUAUAUUUUGCAGUUGUGGAAUGUGCUGGACUUUGGGAUGCUUUCCAUCUUCAUUGCUGCUUUCACAGCCAGAUUUCUAGCUUUCCUUCAGGCAACAAAAGCACAACAGUAUGUGGACAUUGUCCAAGAGAGUGACCUCAGUGAAGUUACACUUCCACCAGAGAUACAGUAUUUCACUUAUGCCAGAGAUAAAUGGCUCCCUUCUGACCCUCAGAUCAUAUCUGAAGGCCUCUACGCCAUUGCUGUUGUGCUCAGUUUCUCUCGGAUCGCAUAUAUCCUCCCUGCAAAUGAGAGCUUUGGCCCCUUACAGAUCUCUCUUGGAAGGACUGUGAAGGAUAUAUUCAAGUUCAUGGUCCUCUUUAUUAUGGUGUUUCUUGCCUUUAUGAUUGGCAUGUUCAUACUUUAUUCUUACUACCUUGGGGCUAAAGUAAAUGCUGCUUUUACCACUGUAGAAGAAAGUUUCAAGACACUGUUUUGGUCAAUAUUUGGGUUGUCUGAAGUCACUUCUGUUGUGCUCAAAUACGAUCACAAAUUCAUAGAGAAUAUUGGCUACGUUCUGUAUGGAAUAUACAAUGUAACUAUGGUGGUCGUUUUACUCAACAUGUUAAUUGCUAUGAUUAAUAGCUCAUAUCAAGAAAUUGAGGAUGACAGUGACGUAGAAUGGAAGUUUGCCCGUUCAAAACUUUGGUUAUCUUAUUUUGAUGAUGGAAAAACAUUACCUCCACCCUUCAGUCUAGUUCCUAGUCCAAAGUCAUUUGUUUAUUUCAUCAUGAGGAUCAUCAACUUCUCCAAAUGCAGAAGGAGCCGGCUACAGAAGGAUAUAGAAAUGGGAAUGGGUAACUCCAAGUCCAGGUUAAACCUCUUCACUCAGUCUAACUCAAGAGUUUUUGAAUCACACAGUUUUAACAGCAUUCUCAACCAGCCAACACGUUAUCAGCAGAUAAUGAAAAGACUUAUAAAGCGAUAUGUUCUGAAAGCACAAGUGGACAAGGAAAAUGAUGAAGUUAAUGAAGGUGAAUUAAAAGAAAUCAAACAAGAUAUCUCCAGCCUUCGUUAUGAACUUUUAGAGGACAAGAGCCAAGCAACUGAGGAAUUAGCCGUUCUGAUUCAUAAACUCAGUGAGAAACUGAAUCCUAGCAUGCUGAGAUGUGAAUGAUUCAGUAACCUGGAAUAAUGGCUUUGACUAUAGCACAAAUGUGGGCAAUAAUAUUUCUAAGUAUGAAAUACUUGAAAAACUGUGGUGUAAAUUUUUAGUUUUAACUGCCUUUAUCAUGUGAAUCUUUAAAAGUUAGGUCUUAAUGAUUUUACUGUUUUAUCACAUGAAAAUGGUCUUCAUUUUGAUUGUCUGCCUUGACAUUAUAAACAAUGACAUGCCAUUGUAUUUAAAGGCCCAGUAUUAUUACAUUACUGACAUUUUCAUCCACUUUAGAAUAAACUCUAUGUCUUUGCACUACCUGUUUGCCUCCAAGAGACCGUAAGCUCCUUGGGGACAGGGACCAUGUCUUAUUCAUCCUUGUGUCUCCAGCAUCUAGUACAGUGCCUGGUACAUAGUAGGUGCUCAAUAAAUGUUGAACCCAACUGAACUGCCAACAAAAUACAAAUAAAAAUAAAAAGGUCAUCACUAUGUAGCAUUCCUUCCGUUGUCCAAAUGCUGAAGACAUUUUUUUAAAAAAAUAGAAACAUGAAAUUUUAUAACUGGCUAUGACUUGGUAAGAUUUUCUUAGAAUUUUUGGCAUCACUCAUAAUCCUAGAACCUUUGAGCCCCAAAUGAAGAAUUUAACAAUGAAAUGGGUUAAUAGAAAAUAUAAUUACAUAUUUAAGUUUCAUAGAAUUGUUCCAAACAACACAUUAAAGAUUUUUCUAAAGUAUAUACUCUUUGCUUUCUGUCUUAAAUUUUCAUUUGUUGUUUUUCAAUAACGUGAAUUUAUUUAGUGGCAUGGUGAGUUUUUUAAAGUUAGAGGAUAUGCAGGGUUGCUAUUUUGUUAUAACCUUCUAAUUUCUGCCUCUGAUGCUUUAAUGCUAAAUAAGAUAUCAAUGACUGACUUCUAUCUUGCCCAUUAGCUUCAUUCUGAGUUUUAGAGGGUAUGUCUAUGGGAAGAACCAGGAAAAAGCAAUGGCUGUCUACCUGGAAACACAUAUCCAAGCCUCACCAGGUAUGUUUCGUUUCCCUUCGAGGCAUCUCUUGCCAUCAUUGCUUACAAUGAUUGACAUCCUUUUUCUUAUCAAAGCAUUUCAAUUACACUUUCUAUACAAAAUAGGUGGUGAUGAAUCUGUAUUUGAUUUUUAUUCUAUAAGUGAGUUAAAUACUGGUAAUAUCCACAACACCUCAUGCAUCCCCUUAAUAAGAAUGGGGGUACAGGCCAGUAAUUUCCCUCAUCUCUUCACAGACCAUAAAACAAAGUAUUUUUUUUUUUUUUACCAGCUAGGUUUUGUCUCAUGGAGUUAUGCCUAUCUGGAUUCUCUUCACUCUGUUUUUGUCAAGUCAUACAGGAAUACGAAUUGUCAUAGCUUAAGGGUAGUUUCAUAGGUUCUAAAAAACAAUUAAAUACAUUAUACGCU